AUGGUGAAACGGGACCCAAACGCACAUCAGACGAACCACUACAAGUCCACACACCACAGCGGAGGAAAGGACAACAAAAAGUCAGGUGGAAAGGCAGGCAAAGGAAACAAGUCCAUCAACAAGUUCCUCGGCAUCGGCAAACCAGGGCCACACCUUCUCAAACAUAAGAAACUUCAAGAGGCUAAAAAGAAGCACAAGGGCCAAGGUUCUACAAGCGACAACAGCAAAAAUAAGGGCUCUCACAACAACAACAACAUCAACAACAAGAACAACAAUAACAUCAGCAACAGCAAGAACAACAACAGCAACAGCAACAACAACAAAAACAACAACAACAAUAAAGACAGACACCUCUUCGGGAACCAGAACGUUAGCACAUUCGUCAACGGAAGAAUCCUCCGCAACAACAAAAAGAAAGCCCUUCGGAAACUCAUCCCAACCAGUAGCAACAAUAGCAACAACACAAACAACAACAACGCCAUCAUCAACGCAAGCACAAACCGUAACCGCAGCAACAGCUUGGGCGAAGAAAUGGCCUUCACGACUCCGAACUGGGACGCACAAGGAAACGCCAUCGUGCCUCCGAUCUCUCAUGUCGACAACUCCAACCAUGUCGAGUACCAGACAGACAUCAACUACCAGUACCAGCCAGCACCCGUCCACGAGGAGGAGGAGAGGGCCAAGCGACGAAUUGAGAAGAAGCUGCGCAGGAAGUCCAAUAAGCAUGAAAGGAAGCUGAUCGCCAAACAGGCAAAGUCGGAGGAGGACCAAACGGUGGUACCAAACCAGGCUGCGGCCCCAGCGGCGGGCUCAAGUCCUCAUCAGCCAAUAUCGCUGGACUCACCCAGCACUGCUGCCGACGAUACCGACGACAGUGGUGAUUCGAAGGACGAGAUGCAGCGAGGAGACGAUUUUAUCGGAUUCGGGGACGAAGCCUCUGAGAACGAACUCGACGCCGUCAUCGCGUCCAACAACAGGACACCUGCAGAGCCGAGCCAUGCUGGUCAGAAGCGCAAGCGGGAUCCGGACUAUGGAAGCGAUACAGAGGGCGCCACAGGACCACCCCCAGGAUGCCCGUGGAUGGGUCAUCGACAGUACUCCAAGUUGCCGUCGGUGCCCAUUAUGCUGACUCAGGAGUUGAAGGACUUUGUCGAUUUUCUCAGCCCAACACCUGAGGAGCAUCAGGUCCGCAAGUAUGUCAUUCAAUGGAUCGCCAAGACCGUCAGCGAACUGUGGCCUGACUCGGAGGUCCAUGUCUUUGGAAGUUACGACACUCAACUCUACCUUCCAUCCAGUGAUCUGGAUCUGGUGGUACUGAGGGCGAGGGAUUUCAGCAAGGAGGAUCUGUACAAGCUGUCGAGACAUUUGAAAGCGAAGCAGGUCACGAAUGACGUCCAGGUCAUUGCCAAGGCACGAGUCCCCAUUAUCAAGUUCAAGGAGAGGCUCAGCAAGAUCCCCGUCGAUAUUUCGUUCAACAUUACCAACGGUAUCGAAAGUGCGGAGAUUGUUAGGAACUACAUGGAGACGACGCCUGCACUGCGGUCGAUGACGAUGUUGAUCAAGCAUUUCCUCAUGAUCAAGGGCCAGAACGAAGUCUUCCAGGGUGGUAUUGGAUCGUAUACGACCAUGAUCAUGAUCCUGAGCUUCUUGCAGAUGCACCCUCAGAUCCAGGCCAACAAGCUCAACCCGGAGGACAACCUUGGAGUGCUGCUGAUCGAGUUCUUUGAGCUGUACGGACUGUGCUUCAACUACAACCAAGUCGGAAUCUCUGUGGCGAACGGCGGUAGCUACUUUCUCAAGCCCCCAAACAACAACCCCAACAACAGGGAGCUUUUGCUGAGCUCAAUCGAUCCCAACGACCCGACCAACGACACGGCCAAGGGAUCCUAUGCGCUCCGUAUGAUUCGAGAGGUCUUUGUUGGAGCCUACGGCACGUUGACUAAGACUGUCCAGCAGCGUCACAGGGUUCUGUUUGGAGGUGGAUCGAGUCAGACGUCGAGCCAUUAUCGGUUUGACGACCAUAACCGGGUACCUGCGGAUUCACGCGGAAAGUCGUCGGCGCUUCACCACCAGACACAAGUCUCGUUGAUCAGGGAUGUCCUUUCGAUCCCGCUUGACGUUCAGCAGGGCCGUCAGCACCUGGAGAAGGUCUUUUACAGUGGACAUUUCCAGGAUAUCUUUGAUGACCCUCAUGGAGCCCACGGGUUGACAGAAUGA